AUGGUCCUCAGCAUGGCACGUUCACGCGGCGUCCUCGCCCUCAUGGCCAUCACCAGUCUCGUCACCGUCUGGCUGUGUCGACUUCCCCAGCUAAACAUCGACAUAACACGAGGUCCCCUUCUCCAACGCCAUCUCGAUCUCUCCCUUCCCGAUGCCCCCUUCGUUGGCUGGCCGCUCGAGAGAGUCUGCAGCGAGACCAGCUGGACCCCCGGCCUGGUCUUCGUUUGUGACAACAACUCCGGCGGCAUCGGCAAUAUCCGCAACUACAUGCUGACUUGCCUACGCUAUGCCAUUGACGCCGGCGCAACCGGUCUCGUUAUGCCACGAAUUCGCGUCCGAUCCGAAAAAGACCUAUCCGACAUGACAGCCGAGAACUCCCAGCCCUUCACCUACUUCUUCGACGAAUCGCACUUCCGCCAAAGCCUUCAGGCGUCUUGCCCGCAAAUCACCAUCUACGAUACUGCCUCCGACGUCCCCAAUGCCCCCGCCCCGUUCAAGACCGAAGAGAUCACACCCAAGAAUCUAGGGAGAAGAGGAGGCUGUGAUAGGAGGGAUCACAAUAAACACACUGGCUUGUUCGCUUCCGCCUUUGCGAACCACCUGCGCUCCACUGCCGCCGAGUUCAACCUCGCACACCCUCCCAGCCCUGAACACCCGCGUAUCUUCCGGUUGACCUGGGGGUCCAUCGUAGCACACAUGCGGCAGCAUGCACGCCAGUUUGACGCCGACUCCCACUCGGGUCGAUUCGUCGCCUAUCACCUCCGCACGGAAAACGAUGCGUUAGACUUUUGGCCCGACUAUGCGAACCAGAGCAAGGCUUACCUCGCGAGGAGUCAGCAGAUGGGAUACGACAUGAAAGCCGGCUACCUAGCCACAGGCAACGAAACGGAGGCGCACAAGUUCUUCAGGGACGCAACCGUGCUUCAUGGGAUGCGAGUUACAACCAAAGACCUGCUGUUGGGGGACUACAAAGAAGACCUCGCGGCACUGGAGAAGCUGACGUGGGAUCAGCAGGCAGUGGUCGACUUUAUCGUCCUGUUGCAGAGUGACUUUUUCCUUGGUGUUAGUCCGAGUUCGUUUAGCAUGAACGUUGCCCUCAAGAGGCAUCUCCAGGCGGAGGGACUAUAUACAAGGCCAUGGAGGAUAGGAGGCGAGGGAGAUGGGAGGAGUUGGUUGAUGGGGAAGUACGAACAGUUCUGGGAAGACUGGUUGUUUAUGUACGAGGCGAUGUGGCCAUAGAUGGAGUGGUCCUGGGCCGGUCUUUCAUCAAUUGACAUCUCCACCAUCAAUGCCACAGUAUACACCCUUCAUAUCCAUCUUUCUCGCUUCUUUCAACUCCAUUCACGACCCAGCGCGGCGUUGCCCACCCCCGCCCCUUUCCUUUUAGUCAGGGGAUGUCACCAUUCCGAUGUCAACGCCAUCUCCUUUCCUCCCGUCCUAGCCCAGCCUACUUUGCUUCACGCCUCCCAUUCCCUACAUCACAACACAACAAUAACAACAGGCCGCACACCCCGCCAGACACCCACCAAAGCAGGCCACGCAACAUUUUCCCGACCGCUGUUUCCCGUUCUCAUGUUGGCAUCCUCCACGCCCAUGCCCUCUUCUGUCCCUCGGGUCCGUCUGUACCUGACCUGAACUGGGCGUACGGA